AUGAAGUCGCACCUCGCCUUGCUACCUCUCUCGCUAGGCACGGCGCUUGCGCUCCCUGCCGUCCUCGAGGCCAGGUUCAAAGUGCCCUUUCUGUCCUGCUACUCGACGAGGUUCUUCAAUUGUCUCAGCGAAGUGACCAAUCCUGCGGUGACGUGUGCCUGGGCAGCAGCCUUCGCGGGCCUGGACUUCAAGGAGGACAGUAAAUGCGUCGGGGGGAUCAUGUCCGUUGCGGAAUCACUGCCUCAUGAUUGCCUCGUGUGUCUGGGCCUGGACAAGCACAAGAAGCACAAGAACAAGGGCCACGGCCACGGCCACGGCAACGGCAACGGCAACGGCAACGGAAAAUGA